AGAUUAUUGGCUAUUACACCACAACUCCCAGAAUUCAUUGCAAAAACGUGAUUGCGUCCCUGAAAUAUAUCCGCUUUCCGUUGGCCGUAGGUGGAUUAUUAUGGUAUGGUUUCAACUGAACUCUAAAUGCGUAGUAUGUAAUUAAUUAUUUGGGUUUUAUUAAAUUCAUUAACAAUACGUUUAAUGUAUUAUGUAAAUCUGGGAUAAUAUUGGUUGUUUUUUCACCUGUAGAGUAGAAACAUUUUAUUAAUAUGAAUGUAGGAACUUUAUUUGUUACGCAGUUGUGGUAGUCGAGGAUAAUUCACAGUGGGACCUAAACAAUGACAGAUGGCGUGCUUUCAACGUUUGAAGAAAUAAGAAAGGUUUAAGGUUUUUCCUCAUUUUAAAAUUUCACCGGACUACAUCGACAUAACAGGUUACAUUAAAAGACAAGACAAGAGACCCUCUUUAAAAAGCUACUACAAUGGACGCCCUGCAGAGGAGAGAGAUUCAGGAGGACGUGGUUCAGUAUAAACUCUUCCUUAUCCAGACAGACGGUUUGACUUUACAGCAAACUGAAGAGCGUCUCACACAUCUAAUAGAAGAGAUUUUAGCAAAGGUUGCUCCACUCCUGAUUCAAUACAUCUGGCAGCAUCAGUCAUUCAAGCUAAAGUAUCAUCCUGAGAAAGAUGGUGUCCUUGCUCACAUUGGAGGUAGCACUCAGUUUGGAGACAAUGUGGAGGAUGAGUGGUUUAUUGUUUACCUUCUGCAGCAAAUAACAGAGGCCUUCCCAGAGUUCGCAGCCAGAGUUGAGGACAAUGAUGGGGAGUUUAUUCUGAUUGAAGCAGCUGAUUAUCUUCCCAAGUGGAUGAAUCCAGACACAAGUGAAAACAGGGUCUUCCUCUACAGGGGAGAGUUGCAUGUUCUGCCCUGUCCCUCCAAAUCCAGUCCAGUGGGCAUCUCAAAAGACGUGGUACCAAGUGUGGCACAAGCUCUAGCCCUACUCUCCACCCACCCAGAGGCCUGUAAGGCAAGCCCUAAGAUUUGUUCAGCCCUGAGGAAGCGAUUAGAGGGGUACCCAGAAAAGAUUAAAGCUGGCCUUCAUCGUGCCCACUGCUUCAUACCCUCUGGUAUCGCCAUGGUGUUAGCACAACGACCAGACCUGGUCGCCCCUGCAGUGUCUGCGUUUUAUCUGCGCGAUCCAGUUGAUCUGCAAGCGUGUCGAAGCUUCAAGACCUUUCCUCCUCACACAAGAGUCCUCACCUCGGUGACAUUCACCCGUUGCCUGUAUGCUCAGCUGCAGCAGCAACAGUUCACCCCAGACAAGAGGAGUGGCUUCACUGUUCCUCCUCACUCUCAUCCCCAGUACAAAGCGCAUGAGCUCGGCAUGAAACUGGCCCAUGGCUUUGAAAUCCUGUGCUCUAAGUGCAGGUUGCCAUCAUCAGAGCCUGAUGCCCCCGUCAGUUGUAACCCUCAGUGGAAAAGCUUCAUGGAUAGUCUGAAAAAGAACGGCUACUUCAGGGGAGAACUGGAAGGUUCGGCUCGUUACAAAGAAUUGACAAGAUCUGCUGCAAACUUCUUCAAACAGUCUGUCGCCUCAAACUCAAGUGCUUUGUCACCGGGUGAGGAAGUUCUCCAGCUGCUGCACAGCUGCAGUCUGUUUAACUUGGAGGAGCUGAAGAAACAAGAGUCACAGCUCCCCCAAGAGGACAGUGACAGCUGGCUGGAUAUCACAACUCAGGAUUUGGAGCGUAUGUUGCAGGAGAGGAGUGGGGGGAGAGCUGAUGUUGGCAGCCAAAACUCCAGUUCCACCAAACACACUCAGCAUGUCGAGGGUGCAGGGGAGAGGAGAGAGGAGGCGAAGGGCGACAAGGAGGUAGAGGAGACUGGUUACAGCCUGGUAGCAGUCAGUCAGGGGAUGAAGAACUUCCUCAACGCCAUGUCGUCACAUGAGGGAGCUGAACUGCCCUGGAGCAGUUCAACUCAGCCUUUUAGUUUGGACCCUGACUCCAUGGCCAACGCACUGGACAGACUACUUGGAAGCACAGAAGAGCUAGAUUCAGAUGAUCUAGAUGAUGAUGAUGACGACGACGAGGAAGAAGAAGGAGAUGAGGAAGAGGAGGAGGAAGAGAAAGAAGAGGGGUGCUCUGAUCAUGCAGAGAUGAAUGGGACAGAAACUCUGGAUGGUCUCAGAAAAUACAUGGACCAAAUGGAUCAGGAGCUGAUGAGCACUAAUAUCGGACAAAGCUUCAAUGUGACGAAUUACAACAAGGCAAAGUCAGACAAUGGCUCGCCUCAUCCCGCUGCCACGGAUGGUCUCCUGGGACAUGGAGGGGUGGAGGAGACAGAGGAGGAGAUCCAGCCUCUGGACGUCGACCUCAAUUUGGUCACAAACCUUCUAGAGUCCCUCAGCUGCCAAGCCGGGCUGGCAGGACCGGCUUCUAACCUGCUGCAGAGUCUCGGUAUUCACCUGCCACCGAACUCUGACUCCUCUUAAAAAAUAUAAGAAGUCUCAGAUACUGAUGAGGUAAUAAUACACAUCGAAAAUACAUCUAGUGGCAAAGUAUUCAUGGAUGUCGAAGAUGUCCUGGAAAGGCUUUAUUAUGAACAAACACGGUUUUGUCUCAAAUUCAAUGUUUUACUGAAACUGUUAUGAAUGAAUAACAUGUCAGCUACAUUUCCUACAUCAUAAACCAUUAUCAAAAACCCUUUUGAAUGUGUUUAACCCUGUAUUGUUUUUAGUGAAUAUUAAAUAUACACAAAUAAAAAGUUAAGAGUUAAAAGGUCACACGUGCACUAGAAACAUUUUUAAGGGAUUCACUGUAGUUAAGAUUUAUUUUGAAAAAUUACUGUUUUUGUCAAAGGAGUCUGGUGGCUUUAAAGAUGUAAUACACUAUAAUACACUAUGGAUAGGUACAUCAUACGACCUCACUCAAAAAAAAUCCACAUUAUGCCUUUUUUAAGAUGAGUUUAAUUAAAAAAACACUUGACACUUCAAAUUAACAUAAUGAAAUCACAUACAAGGUUUUACAAUAUGUUUCUCCAGUGGAAUUAUUGUGCAAACGGUGGCAUAAACAAACAAAGUUUCUUUUUUUUUUCAUUGCGUGUCCCCAUCAAUUAUGUAUGAUUGGGACAUGCUUGUGGCAGUGUAACAUCAAAGGUUGAAGUGUUAGAUAUUGUAUGUCUUUAUUCAUGUUCUUAAAUCAGGUAAGCCAAGUGUCUGAAAGUCUUGAUUUAGUAUUUUGUAAAAAAAAAAAAAAAAAAAAAAAAUCUGUUAUGACAUAUUUUUGUCAGGUUUAUAGAGGAUUUUUUAAAUACAUGCUGCUUUUUGUACCGUUGGUGUUUUUUGAAAGCAGUUACAUUUGAGAAACAGAAUAAAUAUUUUUGGAAAUAAA